AUGGGUGGCGUGGUGAGCAAGUUGUGCGCGGCUCGCGACGUGCAGGCGGCGGGUUCUGUGCUCGACCGUGUCAUAUCGCAGCCGCACACUGAGGAACACACUGUAUUAUACAAACUGGCUGAUUAUAAAAAGGGUGGACUACUUUUGGAGACUUAUGCUAAAGGUGGAAUGGUGGCUGCAGAGAAAUUGAUCAGGGAGGAGUUCGCGUCGUACAUGUACGCGGGGGGCGCGGGCCGGGUGAUCAACCGCGCUGAGUACUUGAGGUGGAAGUUCAGGGACCAGAAACAAGUUGUUCUCCCAAUAGAAGCAUCGCUAUCCCCCCACGACCCACUUGCAAAAUGGGAGGAUCACACAGCGUGCUGGCAGAUGAGCUAUAGGGGGGCACUUGGGGAGUCACUGCUGCAUGUACUUAUUAUUUGUGACACCAAGAUUCACACGAGACUUGCCAGAACCUUGGUCAAGUGCUUCCCAAAACUUUCUUUGGACGUCGUCGAAGGUGAAGAAUAUCUAGGAGCGAGUUCCCUACACCUAGCCAUAGCAUAUAGUAACAAUGAGCUGGCGCAAGAUCUGGUAGAAGCUGGAGCAGACGUCAAUCAGAGGGCUAUAGGCAGUUUUUUCCUACCGCGUGACCAGCAGGGCGGGGUGGGCUCCCGUCAGACCAAUUACGAGGGUCUGGCGUACCUCGGCGAGUACCCGCUGGCGUGGGCCGCCUGCUGCGCCAACGAGGCCGUCUACAACCUGCUGCUGGACUGCGGCGCGCAUCCUGACAAACAGGACUCGUUCGGGAACAUGAUACUGCAUAUGGUCGUCGUGUGCGACAAACUGGACAUGUUCGGGUACGCGCUACGUCACCCACGCGUGCCGGCCAGCAACGGUCGGAUGAACAGGGCAGGGUUCACACCCCUCACGCUUGCCUGCCAACUCGGACGCGCCUCCGUCUUCAGGGAGAUGCUCGAGCUCUCCGCCAGGGAAUUCUGGCGGUAUUCCAACAUUACCUGCUCUGCUUAUCCGCUGAACGCUUUGGACACAUUACUGCCAGAUGGAAAAACUAAUUGGAACUCGGCCCUCUUCAUAAUUCUGAACGGAACCAAACAGGAGCAUCUCAACAUGUUGGACGGAGGCAUCAUACAGAGGCUGUUAGAAGAAAAGUGGAAGACUUUUGCAAGAAAAAAGUUCCUGAAACGGCUGAUGAUCCUGAUGCUGCACCUGCUCCUGCUGUCCGUGUCGGUGUACCUGCGGCACAACAGCGCCGAGGCGGAGGCGCAGCCGCGCUGGGGCCUGCAGGUGGCGGACGCGCGCUCCGGCGUGCGGCUGGCCUGCGAGCUCGGCACCAUCGCCAGCACUCUCUGCUACAUCAUACUGCAGCAAGGCGACGAGAUCAAGAACCAGGGGGUGGUGGCUUACUUCAAAACGUUGAUUCACGAACCGGCCCAGUUUAUAUUCCUGACGUCGAACAUCCUCCUGCUGGCCUGCAUACCCUUCCGUGUGACACGGCAAACGAUGCUGGAGGAAGCACUGCUCAUUUUUUUGCUACCUGGUGUCUGGUUCCUACUAAUGUUUUUUGCAGGCGCCGUGCGCCUGACUGGACCGUUCGUGACGAUGAUCUACAGUAUGAUCACUGGAGACAUGUUCACCUUCGGUAUAAUUUACUGCAUCAUACUGUUCGGAUUCUCACAGUCCUUCUACUUUUUGUACAAAGGCUUCCCCAACGUGCAGUCUACCUUGUAUUCCAGUUACCCUAGCACUUGGAUGGCGUUAUUUCAAAUCACCUUAGGCGACUACAGUUAUUCGGACCUCGGCAUGACACCAUACCCGAACCUGACAAAGACCGUGUUCGCUGUGUUCAUGGUGUUCGUACCGAUAUUACUGCUGAACAUGCUCAUCGCCAUGAUGGGGAACACGUACGCCCACGUCAUAGAGCAAUCCGAGAAGGAGUGGGUCAAGCAGUGGGCUAAGAUCGUAGUGUCCCUGGAGCGGUCGGUGGCGUCGGAGGAGGCGCACCGCUUCCUGCAGGAGUACUCCAUCGGGCUCGGGCCCUCCGACGACCCGCGCUACGAGCAGCGCGCCGUCAUGGUCAUUAAGAGCAAGGCCAAGACCCGGGCCAAGCAGAGGAAGGGCGCGCUCACCAAUUGGAAGCGUGUAGGGAAAGUGACUAUAUCGGAGUUGCGUCGGCGCGGUAUCUCUGGCGAGGAGCUGCGACGGCUCAUGUGGGGCCGCGUCUCUAUUUCUACACCCACUAAGGCGCCCAGACGCGCGGCGGUGGAUGUGGGCGGCGCGGGGGGCGCGGGGUCCGCGGGGGGCGCGGGCGUGGCCCCGGCGCUGUCGUCCGCCCUCAGCGUGAUGGCCUUCACUGACCUCGACCUCACCACGACCACCGACUCGGCACUGAAACAACAAACACCAGACCUUUUAGUAAACGGUAAAACUCAACAGCCAUUCCCGACUGGUGUGACUCAAACGCCGAUCAUCUCGUCGCCGAAUCAACUAUUGAUUCCACCGACGGUGACGUCACCGUUACCACAAUACCCUGGUGCAACGAAAACGGCACUAGAAACGAGAACAAACCCGCUGCAAAAGUCAACGGGAGUAGUUUUGACACAGUCGGGGCAAGUACAGACCCAAACGGGGCAAGUGCACACCCAAUCGGGGCAAGUUCAGAUUCAAACGGGGCAAGCACCUAACCAAACAGGGUUAGCACAGAUUAGAACAGAUGUUGAAAUUAAAUCAACAGAUACAUUAACUGUGUCAGGUCAGAAAGUUUUGGCGACUCAAACAAAUAUCGAACCAACACGAUCAGGAGUACCUCAGAUAGAAGCAGCAGCAGUCUCUCCACCACCGGCCAAGGAGGAAGUAUACCGGGACUACCUGUUCGAGCUGAUAUCGGCGGUGGAGGGCGGCGGCGCCGAGGAGGCGCGCGUGCGGCGGCUGGCGGCGCUGGCCGCCGACCUGGACCAUGUGCCACUCGUCGAUGUCAACGUGCACAUCGCUGCGCGGUCAGCUCGCAAGGUGGUGGCGGGCGCGGUGUCGGGUUUGUUCGGCGUCGCGGCCGACGCGCCCGCCGCCGACUGCGGCUGGCGGCGCCAGCGGCACUCGCACAGCGACAGCGACCCCGCGCCCGACUCCGUCCUCCUCGGGAGAGCAUCACGCAGUAGACGCGCGCGAUCGGCGUCUCGCCGCGCGGCACCACCGCCACCACAUCUGUAUGUGCCGGCGAGGUAA